GAGUGUGUGAGAGAGAGAGAGAGAGGGAGAGGGAGACAGACGGAGAGGCACAGGCUGCAGUCUGUCAAAAGUAGGCCUCAUGUGACUGCUACGGAGAGGUUGAGUCUACUUUUAUCUGCGUGACACACCCCGGCUCUCUCACUUACAGUAGCCUGCUAGAGGCUCCAGGAGGAACGCAGUGCGAGACAGAGACAGAGACAGAGAGACAGAGAGAGGAGAAAAAGAGAGGGAGCGAUGACCCAAGAACAGUGCCCUCAUAGGAACAAUGUCCAGAGCUCAGAGACGCCACACGUGUACAAAGUGGGGAUUUAUGGCUGGAGGAAACGCUGCCUUUACUUCUUCGUGCUCCUCCUGAUGAUCCUCAUCCUGGUCAACCUCGCGCUCACCAUCUGGAUCCUCAAGGUCAUGAACUUCACCAUCGAUGGCAUGGGCCACCUAAGAAUCACAGAGAGGGGUUUGAAACUGGAAGGGACAUCAGAAUUCCUCCAGCCGCUCUACGCCAAAGAAAUCCACUCCACGCCGGGCAAUCCAUUGUACCUGCAAUCCUCCAAAAAUAUAUCUGUCAACAUCCUCAACAAUGAAAAUCGCCUGGUCACGCAGCUCACGGCAGGGUCACACGGGGUGCAGGCUCAUGGUAAGAUGCUGGAGGUGAAGUCGAGUUCAGGAAAGCUCCUCUUCUCGGCAAACGACCAGGAAGUGGUAGUGGGUGCAGAGAGAUUACGAGUCAUGGGUGCUGAAGGUGCAGUGUUCACCAGCUCUGUGGAGACGUCACAUGUUAGAGCAGAGCCCUUCAAGGAGCUACGGCUGGAGUCUCCAACACGAUCCCUGUACAUGGAGGCGCCCAAAGGGGUAGAGAUUCACGCAGAAGCAGGAGACAUCGAGGCCACAUGUAGGAGCGACCUACGCCUGCAGUCAGUGGACGGAGCGAUCGUCCUGGAAGCCCGAAAGAUCAAGCUCCUGCGGCUGCCUGAGGGGGUGGCCUCGUCCUCGCCCAGCCGACAGACUGUGGGUUUGAGGUGUGUGUUGUGCUCCAACGGCAUCCUCUUCCUCUCACAAGGCAGGAAACUGGCUCCACAUGUCCAGAUGAGCAACCAAGCCUGCAUCCUAGGAACUGCUUCCCGGAUCCCUUACAGUCCUACCCCAGACUCACUUCCGAUGCUCCUGUCAGGUCCCAGUUUUCACACUGUUGCCGAGGCGAUGAGGAUGAGGAUAAUAAACAUGCAGACACUGCAGACCAGCAUGCACCGGCUGACGUCCAACACCGGCCUCGUUGCUAAGCCUACCAAAGGCGGAGGAAGAUGUGUGGAGCUGCUUGAGAUGAAAGAGUUGCCCGGCACACUGCCUCUCCUAUGGCACACAGGCCUGUGUGGAGUCUGGCGAGACCGCCACGGCCGCCACGACUUUAUUCUGAUUCAUUCACGUAAUCAUAUCAUCCAGAGGACCGGCAGCACUUAUCCCAGCACGGCUGCAGAGAAAAGCCGCUCCACUCCGCGCCGUGCCGCUCCGCACCCAGCUGGCAGCAACCUGGCCAAGCACACUGCCCUCACGCAGAACCCGCUGACUGGCUGA